AUGAAACUUUGUUGUUUGUACGCCAGAAUGAAGACGGGUUUUUAUCUUCUACUUAUAAUGUCAAAUUUAUUUCUCCUGAUUUGUGAAGGUAAGUAAAUAGGAAGUGUAUGUUUACAUGUGUCAGGGGAGGUGUCCAAUCAUAAUUCAAUUUAACCUGGAUGACAAAACUUCGUUAUUCUUUGUCAUCUUCAUGAAUCUUUGUCCUAUGAAAAUAUUCCCCGCUGUACACUUGAACUCUUAAAGCUCUUGCGCAUCUAGCUUUAAAUAUUGUGAAACAGAGCGAUCAUGUAGGGAUGCUCUUUCGCUGGUUAAUAUAAAAAGUGUGACACACUUUGUUGGAUCUGCCUUUGAGCACUAACAUUGGGAACUGACAACUAAUAUUGAGAGCACAAACCACAGUUAAAUUUACCACCACGCAAAAAAUUUUAAUCAUUGUUUUCGAAUUUAUAACAAAAAUUAUUGCGAAAAACAUUAUUUGGAGGGAGCCUCUCUGUAAAAUUUUUCUUUUUUGUAAUUUAACGUGUAUUUAUUUAUUCAUUUCAUUUAUUUAUCGAUUUUUUGUAAAAUGCUUUUUGGUAACGGUAAAAACUCGAGCGUUCAAGGAGGCGAACGAACAAUUUUUGAAAAGUUCUGAGGACUUUUCUCCAAUAUCUGGCACGUUUUAGUUGCGUUUCUCCGCCAUGCUGUAAACAACUUACAAUAAACCCAAUCAUGAUAGCGAUCGAAAGCAUAGGGCUUGGUUGUUAUGUGAAUGCAAAGCUUAUUUUAAGUUUUAUCAUCUCCUUUAAAAUCAGGUGACCAUGCAGAAAGGUUCUUGUUAAUGAUCCUUGUAUGAGAAUACCUUUAAUUUUCGUUUUAGGGAAUCUUCACAUGAGCCCUGUUUCGGAAAUCUCGCCUUACCUCUAAAUCUUUUGUAAAUUUUCCAUGUGUUCAGAGGGCGGGAUAGCUCGGUUUUUCCGACCGGGAUCUCGCUAAGUGGGCUGGAAAUUUUGCCAUAUGAACACUUCAGCCCGGUUACCGGGAGGAAAGCGGGAUUAAUUUAUCGAAUGAAUUCUGCAUCGUCUUGCUUUGCCUGUUGUAUUUUCCACAUCAUAAGCAUCCCAUUUGACCGGUGAUACAGCUACAAGAGUUGCUAAAGUUAUAAUAGGCCGAAACUUAUAACUUUGUGUUUCGCCAUGUUUGCUUUGUUUCUCGAAUUUCCCGCCACAACUCGCGAUCGUCUUCGGCCUUUUCUCAUCUCGGAGACCGGGCUGAAAUUUCUCAUAUGAACCAAGAAGGUGAAAUUGGUCCCUCUAAGGGGGCCAGCCCAGUCAACCGGACUCAUGUGAAAAAAGAGGCCCUGUGUGUUCCAAGGUAAAGAUCGUAGGACGACGAUCAAUUUCAGUUCUUUAAAUAUGCACCCAAAAUUUUGUCAUGAUGGCUGGUAUACCUCAACUUGUAAUUAAUCCUGAGUCGGUCAUUCUAAGUUUUCCUCAUAAAUUACCUGGGCCUUCGGAGUAAGCAGGUGUGCUAAACGAAAUUUUCCAAGUUUUGUCACAUGACGGCGGCUUUAUUGCAAAAAAUUAUUGUUUUGAAUAAUGGGAAAAUGAAACGAGUGUCUCAUGCUGGUGCGAUUUUUGUAGCCGUUGUUGAGCCUGGAAUUUUUAAUAAAACUUGCUACCGAUUAGAAAAUAAUUACCAAACAUCAUUUAUUUGUUUAUUAUAUGUUUAUGAACAUGAUAGUAAUUACCAAGAAUAUAAUUGCAGAUUCUGCCUUGCGGUGUAACAUGUGCGAGUCUGAGAAAUCGUGGAAUCAAUGCCAGGAAAAUGGAAUUAUUGUUGAUUGUUCCAGUGAAGACCCAGGUUUCGACGUUUGCUUUAAAGUCCAUAUCGCUAGGAAGAUGGCAGAUGACUCUGUGAAGCACUCCUACAAAAGAGGAUGUGGGUAUCAAGAGUUAUGCAGUGGCGAACAAUGUAACCAGCAGGGAGACUGGUGCUUAGUGAACUGUUGCAAUACCGACAACUGCAAUGCUUCGUUGGCAGUAAAAGCUUCCAUUUACUUGACGUAUUUGUUAGUUGGAAUAUCCAUCGCCUUGCAUUUAUGUUAA